AUUGAAUAAAAAUCUAAAAGUAGAACAAGGAAAAGUCGAAAAAGCCCAUAACUUGUAACUGUCAACAGCACACACUCUUUCUCUCUGAAACAAACAAAACAAACAGAGAGUUGUUCAGUAAUAUCAGAGACUUACGUCAUAUUUAGCAAUUCCUCUUUACUCUUCCGAUGGCUUCAUGUAGCUUAGGGACACAACAUGUUAAAGUAUUGAACUUGCACUUUGGUCAAAAAAGAGUUUGGCUUUCAGAAAAGUUUGGUACUAGAAGUUGGACCAGUAGGAAGUCACAGAAGUACACUAGUUUGGUUACGUCACAGCAGACGGUUAGACCUUUAAACUUGUCCGAUGGCCAAUCGUCAGAGAUCCUAUCUUUUUCAAGGUCAGAAGAUGCUUCUGAAGAGAUUAAAUCUUCCAGCUUGACAAGCCAACCCAAUUUUAAAGAGGUGGAAUUCUUGCUCACUAACUUAUGUGACACAGAUUCAAUUGCAGAGCUAGAAUUAAAACUCGAUGGUUUUCACCUGCGUGUAGUGAGGGAUUUGACUGAAAAAACUAAAACCCUUCCUCCUCCUCCAACUCUUGCUCCUAUAAGUACAAAUGCAACUGCAGAAGCACCUAAACUAAAUGGAUCAGUUUCUAUACCGACAUCAUUGGCCUUCUCGAAGCCAGAACCUUUUUCAGUGUCUAUCCAGGCAUUCCUGGACAAAGCUGCUGAUGAAGGGUUGGUGAUAAUUCAAUCUCCAAGGGUGGGUUUCUUCAGAAGAUCUCGAACGAUAAAGGGAAAACGUGGUCGUCCUUCAUGUCAAGAGAUGCAAAUAGUUAAGGAGGGGCAAGUGGUUUGUUACAUUGAACAGCUUGGUGGGCAGCUGCCAAUUGAGUCUGACGUGUCCGGGGAGGUCAUCAAGAUUCUAAGAGAGGAUGGCGAUCCUGUUGGUUAUGGUGACGCACUUAUAGCAGUAUUGCCUUCAUUUCCCGGAAUAAAGAAGCUUCAAUAGAUUAUCUGAUACUUUGAGAACCAGUUAUAUGGUAGUCCAAUAGAUUAUAUCUCCUGCAGUAUCUCGCUCAUAAAUUGAGGCUUUUCUUUUUUCAAAAGAAAAGGAUAAAAUACCAACCUUGUUUUCUCAUUCUUUCUCUCUGAUUUGCUAUUUUCUAAUGUUAUCUUCA